CCCCCACCCCCUUGCCACUUUACGUUAAUGUACGUGUGGCGCGCUGUCUGUUUAUUAGUUUUGUUUGUAGUCUUUCGAUUUUUGCUUAUACAAGAAACGGUUUUUUCAGUAUUAAUAGUAGUUUUUAUUGUACUUAUGUAUUGUUAUCGCCUCGGAAUUGUACAACAAUCGAACUGUAUUCAUGUAAUAUAAUGGAAGCGUCUAGACUAGAUACUGAGCUGCCCAAUAAGAUGGCACAUCUAGAUAUAAUGGAGAUUGAUGAACCCAACAUAGAAGCUAAUGAAGAAAAAUCGCAUGUGCCUGAAUUACCCUCACGAGUUUUGAGAAAAAGAAAGUCGAUAAUGCCAGAAACAAGUAAAUCCUCCAAUCGUAGGGUUUGUAUGAAGCCUAGUAAACGUAUUAUGACUGAAAAUGCUAACCCUAAGCAAAUAGAAGCACUGUAUCUGAACAAGAAAGUAAAAUCCUUGUCACAGACUUUGGAAACCAUUUAUGAAGAACCCAAAGCUCAGAAUAAUGAGACUGAAGUGCUUAUUGGUGGAAGGAAAGUAAAAAGACUGCUAACAUUCCAACUAGGUAAUCAGUUUACAAAAGACAAAAUAAAGAAGCGCAGGGCUAAGAUAAAGAAAUUAUUGGGAAACAAAACAUUUUUGAAUAGAAAGAAAAUACCAAUGCAAGUAUUUCUCAAAACUAUAGAAUGUUUAGAAUUGGAUGAAGUAGUACAAACAGAAACUUGUUUGCCAAAUAAAGAUAAGGAAACCUAAUGAAAUUAAGACUAAAAGACUUAUUACCUAUGGUAAUGUGUUCCCAUGUUUAUGUGUAUUGUUCAUACAAAAUAAAAUACUCAAUUUAAUAA